AUGAAUACCGUCCGAUCGUGUUUCACCGCCGGGUUUCUCGUUGUCGCGAUCGGCGGCAGAAUCGCGAUCGGUGGCAGAGUCGCGAUCGGCGGCAGAGUCGCGUUCUCCAUGAAUAAUAUCGUGUGGGCCAGGAAGCGCUGUCCGGUGGAGCGGAUGUACGAUCCGGAUGGGCGGUUCUGCAGACCGUCCGGGACGGGUGGUGACGAGUACGAGCAGAGGUUGAUGAAUCGACUGCAGAGCGGAUUUCGGAUGGCAGCCAAUGUGCGGUUGAAGAGUAUCUACGAGUGGCCGCCGUAUUGCUUCUCCACGGAUGUGCUAGUCGACGUGUCCGCCGAGGAGGUGCGUGGGCUGAUGGAGGCGCACCAGUCGCAAAUCUUGUUGCCACUGGACUACUGGUUCGACCUGACACCGUCCGAUGAGCCGGCCACGCGACCAGUACUGCGGUCGGGGUAA